UUUUACAGGAUUUAGUUUGAAUGGGUCUGUCACGAGGAUCUGCAUGUCUGAUGGAAACUGGAAUAGUUCUGCCCCGUCAUGCAAUUUCAUCGACUGUGGCUUUUUGUCAAAUCCUGAAAACGGAACUGUGUCAAUGUCUGAUUCAACAUAUAUGAGUACAGCAACAUACAGUUGUUUUACAGGAUUUAGUUUGAAUGGGUCUGUCACGAGGAUCUGCAUGUCUGAUGGAAAUUGGAAUAGUUCUGCCCCGUCAUGCAAUUUCAUCGACUGCGGCCCUUUGUCAAAUCCUGAAAACGGGAAUGUGUCAAUGUCUGAUUCAACAUAUAUGAGUACAGCAACGUACAGUUGUUUUACAGGAUUUAGUUUGAAUGGGUCUGUCACGAGGACCUGCAUGUCAGAUGGAAACUGGAAUAGUUCUGCCCCAUUAUGCAAUUUUAUCGACUGCGGCUCUUUGACAAACCCUGAAAACGGAACUGUGUCAAUGUCUGAUUCAACAUAUAUGAGUACAGCAACGUACGGUUGUUUUACAGGAUUUAGUUUGAAUGGGUCUGUCACGAGGAUCUGCAUGUCUGAUGGAAACUGGAAUAGUUCUGCCCCGUCAUGUAAUUUCAUCGACUGUGGCUUUUUGUCAAAUCCUGAAAACGGAACUGCGUCAAUGUCUGAUUCAACAUAUAUGAGUACAGCAACAUACAGUUGUUUUACGGGAUUUAGUUUGAAUGGGUCUGUCAAGAGUACCUGCAUGUCUGAUGGAAACUGGAAUAGUUCUACCCCGUCAUGCAUUGUUGUUAACUGCGGCUCUUUGUCUAACCCUGAAAACGGAACUGUGUCAAUGCCUGGUUCAAUAUAUAUGAGUACAGCAACAUACAGUUGUUUUACAGGAUUUAGUUUGAAUGGGUUUGUCACGAGGACGUGCAUGUCUGAUGGAAAUUGGAAUAGUUCUGCCCCGUCAUGCAAUUUCAUCGACUGUGGCUUUUUGUCAAAUCCUGAAAACGGAACUGUGUCAAUGUCAGAUUCAAUAUAUAUGAGUACAGCAACAUACAGUUGUUUUACAGGAUUUAGUUUGAAUGGGUCUGUCACGAGGACGUGCAUGUCUGAUGGAAAUUGGAAUAGUUCUGCCCCGUCAUGCAAUUUUGUUGACUGCGGUUCUUUGUCAAAUCCUGAAAACGGAACUGUGUCAAUGUCUGAUUCAACAUAUAUGAGCACAGCAACGUACGGUUGUUUCACAGGAUUUAGUCUGACCGGAUCUGCUACGAGAAUCUGCAUGUCUGAUGGAAACUGGAAUAGUUCUGUCCCUUCAUGCAAUCCUGUCGACUGUGGCUCUUUGUCAAAUCCUGAAAACGGAACUGUGUCAAUGUCUAGUUCAACAUAUAUGAGUACAGCUACGUACAGUUGUUUAACAGGAUUUAGUUUGAACGGGUCUGUCACGAGGAUCUGCAUGUCGGACGGAAAUUGGAACAGUUCAGACCCGUCCUGUUUGACUUUAACAUCAAUGAGCUCAAAUAUGUCCGCAUCUUUGUCAACUCCGAACGCUUUAAUCUCGGGCACAUUCACUACAACAUUGUCGUCUGCAAAAACAAUGCCAAACCCGCCGAGGAUAUAUAUUAUGUCAUGUAUUUGUUACCCUAACAAGACUUUUACAGGUUUGACUCAGAAGGAAAUUAUCUCAAAACUCAUCUCAGAAACUGAAAUAGAUCACAAAGCCACAGCAUUAUCAAAAUCCAAACUAAUUUGCAGAGAAGAUUCCAGGAAAUCAUCAAAGGUAAUGGGUACAGUCGGGGCGAGUGUUUUAGGUGCGGUCUUUGGACUAAUUUUUUGUUCAGACCUGGCUACGUUGAUAAUCAAAUUAAAAUCAGUUUGUACUUUAAAUAAGGUGGCAGCAAACGUUUAGCACUCAGAUGGUUAAUGUUUCUGAUUUGGUUAGUAAGCCAGCCUUCAAGAGCCUAACACGCUAUAUAUCUGAUCUUUUGAAGAUGGACCAUUUCUAAUUUUUGACCUGCUACACUUAGCCUUUAUCCCAAGGUCUUGAAAUCACAGAUAUACAGAAAAAAAUGUAUUUAAUAUUUUGGAACUAGGUCAAGAAGAUCUUUUACUUGAACUAAAUAAAUUUGAAAAUGUGCCUUUCUAAACGUUCAAAAAUGAAAUGAUCAAUAUUUGCAGAACAAAAGAUACUUUAAUUUCGAGAUAUACUUACGAGCAGGGAAGUUGUGAGUAAUUAGAAAUUUACUUUCGAUAUAAAAAAAUAUGUAUUUAAUAUACCGCAUAGCGGGUUAUUUCUGCGGGGUGUGGGGAAUAUUUCUGCGUUUCUGCGGUCUCUCGGUAGAAUCGCAAAAGUAUUUUCAGCAGAAUAUUCAUCCAGCAAAAAUUUAAAACGCAAAAAAGCUGCAUUUUUUCACCAACGUUGUGUUUCCCUAGGUAAUCCGAAGUUCAGAAUGGCAUUGUCUAAUUACUGAAAAUUACCGUCGCCAUCUAACAGUUACCGAUAAUGAUAUAAUAAAGUGUAAUUGUCAAAGUCCUAACUGUCAAUCUCUCAGAAAACGUUUUUCUUCUGUUAAUGAAAUAAACUGAGUGAAUUUCACUUGUGAUGGUCUUAUAAAUUCCUUGUGAAGAUCUUCCGAACUAUACUUUAGUAACCUUUAUAUAAGUGUAACCGUUAUGCCGAUAUACCGUAGUUUGCAGUUGUUGUUUGUGCAAUUGUUGUUGGACUUAUAUUUUUUUCAAUUCACAUGUUAUUAUAUCCUAUAAUGUAUUCAUUAAAUGCAGUUAUUUUGCAGCAGUUACCUGUACUUUUAUUUAUUGUUUUCAUACGCUAUAUCAUUCUCGCACCCGAUCAUGUGAGGAAUUACCUCCUCCUUGGCAUCGAAAACGCAGAAUUUUCUCUUCCUAUUAUGUAAAAACGCAGAAAUUAAACACGCAGAAAUUUGUCUCACAGACUUAAAAACGCAUAAUAUUUUGACCACAGAAAUAACCCGCUAUACGGUAUGUUGUGCUGUUUUAUUUAUCAGUGUAUUCCUCAGUGUCAGCACUGUUCAAAGCUGUAAUAUUGAAGUCUAACGUACUCUGAAAACAUUGGGCAUACUGGGGAAAGUCCCUCUCUAAAGCACAAGAUCUCUAGGAUGAUUAGAUGUCAACUUAAGGAAGUCAAAGCAAUUUAUUUAACACGUGUUAGGGGUUAUUUUAACCGUGUUCUGUGCAAUAUGGAAAUAUCUUUGAACGAGUAAUUAACAGUAACAUCAUAUUGAAAUAUCCAAAUUAUUAUUGCUUUCCUGUACAUAAUGAUUCCAAAUUUACUUCCAUAUGCUCUUUACACACUUCAAUGAUCUUUUUUAUUCUAUGCAAUUUCUUUCAAUAUACAAAAAAAAUAUUGUAAGAAAGAAAUAUGUUAUCUAUAAUAUAAAAAAAACAUAUAUUUCAUGUUUACUUUUAUCAGCCGCCGUUCCAUAGCUUGUGCCAUGACGAUUUAUAUUCAACACAUGUUCACUGCGCUAAAUAUGUCGUCAAAAAUAAAACUGUGAAGUGAUAUUUGUUAAUGCUAUGUAAAACCAUCCGAUAAAACUACUGUCUCAAAUAUCACCACACAUCAUGAUCUUAGGUUGCAUUUAGUCAUUUUUCAGCUGUAAAUUAUAAUACAACAUGCAUGUUUAAGUGUUGUUAUAUUUUCUGAUGAUUUGUAAUGUAACAGGUUUGAAAGGUUCGGAAUAUUGUAUAAAUUCUAUAAAUCCUGUAAAUCAUUGUUAAAUAUGUUACGGAGAAAGAUGAUAAACUGUAAUACUUGAAUCUAAAUAGAAAAUAUUGUAAGUUUGCUGAAUUAUCAAACCUGUCACAAAACAUGUAGCCCAAGGGUUAAACAGGUAUACUUAGUUGUUUAUACCAUUUACUUCCGGGAUCAAAGUUAGAAAGGCACGAUGAAUUGCGUAAUUUUACAUAGCGGCUAGACUGCUUAAUUAAAUAUAUAUGUUGAAACAUUACUAUGUAGUUAGUUUGAGUUAGAGUUAGAGAGAGAGAGAGAGAUGGGGUAGAAAUGCUAGAUUGAUA